AAACACAAAGCAACAUGACAACUAUUGCUGCAUCACCUAAUGCAACACAAAGCAACAUGACAAUUACUGCUGCAUCAACUUCAGCAACAAAUAGCAGCAUGACAACUACUGCUGCAUCAACUACUGCAACACAAAGCAACAUGACAGCUACUGCUGUGUCACCUACUGCAACACAAAGCAACAUGACAACUACUGCUGCAUCAACGACUGCAACACAGAGCAACAUGACAGCUACUGCUGCAUCAACUACUGCAACACAAAGCAACAUGACAACUACUACUGCAUCAACUACUGCAACACAAAACAACAUGACAACUACUGCUGUGUCACCUACUGCAACACAAAGCAACAUGACAAUUACUGCUGCAUCAACUUCAGCAACAAAUAGCAACAUGACAACUACUGCUGCAUCAACUACUGCAACACCAAGCAACAUGACAAUUACUGCUGCAUCAACUUCAGCAACAAAUAGCAACAUGACAACUACCACUGCAUCAACUACUGCAACACAAAGCAACAUGACAAUUACUGCUGCAUCAAUUUCAGCAACAAAUAGCAACAUGACAACUACUGCUGCAUCAUCUACUACAUCACAAAGUAACACUACAGCUACUACUGCAACAACUACAGACCUAAAAAGCAACACUCCAACCACAGUUACAACUACAGCGUCACAAAGCAACAGUCCAACAACUCCAACAGCUACAGCACUAACAAGCAAUGGUUCGACAACUCAAACAGCUACUGCACAAAUAAGCAACGGUCCGACAACACCGACAACUACUGCACUAACAAGCAACGGUCCGACAACUCCGACAACUACAGCACUAACAAGCAACGAUCCGCCAACUCCAACAGCUACAGCACUAACAAGCAACGAUCCGCCAACUCCAACAGCUACAGCACUAACAAGCAACGAUCCGCCAACUCCAACAGCUACAGCACUAACAAGCAACGAUCCGCCAACUCCAACAGCUACAGCACAAAUAAGCAAUGGUUCGACAACUCCAACAACUACUGCACAAAUAAGCAACGGUCCGACAACUCCGACAACUACAGCACUAACAAGCAACGAUCCGCCAACUCCAACAGCUACAGCACUAACAAGCAACGGUCCGUCAACUCCAACAACUACAGCACUAACAAGCAAUGGUUCGCCAACUCCAUCAACUACAGCACUAACAAGCAACGAUCCGCCAACUCCAACAGCUACAGCACAAUUAAGCAAUGGUCCGACAACUCCGACAACUACAGCACUAACAAGCAAUGAUCCGCCAACUCCAACAGCUACAGCACUAACAAGCAACGAUCCGCCAACUCCAACAGCUACAGCACAAAUAAGCAACGGUCCGACAACUACAGCACUAACAAGCAAUGAUCCGCCAACUCCAACAGCUACAGCACAAAUAAGCAAUGGUCCGACAACUCCGACAACUACAGCACUAACAAGCAACGAUCCGCCAACUCCAACAGCUACAGCACAAAUAAGCAACGGUCCGACAACUACAGCACUAACAAGCAAUGAUCCGCCAACUCCAACAGCUACAGCACAAAUAAGCAAUGGUCCGACAACUCCGACAACUACAGCACUAACAAGCAAUGGUCCGACAACUCCGACAACUACAGCACUAACAAGCAAUGAUCCGCCAACUCCAACAGCUACUGCACAAAUAAGCAAGGGUCCGGCAACUCCAACAGCUACAGCACUAACAAGCAACGGUCCGACAACUCCAACAACUACAGCACUAACAAGCAACGGUCUGACAACUCCAACAACUACUGCACAAAUAAGCAAUGGUCCGACAACUCCGACAACUACAGCACUAACAAGCAACAGUCCGACAACUACAGCACUAACAAGCAAUGAUCCGCCAACUCCAACAGCUACUGCACAAAUAAGCAACGGUCCGACAACUCCAACAGCUACAGCACUAACAAGCAACGGCCCGCUAACUCCAACAACUACAGGUCUAAGAAGCAACGGUUCGCCAACUCCAUCAACUACAGCACUAACAAGCAACGGUCCGCCAACUCCAACAACUACAGCACUAACAAGCAACGGUCCGACAACUCCGACAACUACAGCACUAACAAGCAACGGUCCGACAACUCCAACAACUACAACACUAACAAGCAACGGUCUGCCAACUCCGACAACUACAGCACUAACAAGCAACGAUCCGCCAACUCCAACAGCUACAGCACAAAUAAGCAACGGUCCGCCAACUCCAACAACUACAGGUCUAAGAAGCAACGGUCCAACAACUACAGCACUAAGAAGCAACACUCCAAUCACAGUUACAACAAUUACAGCAUCACGAAGCAACAGUCCAGCCAUAACUACUCCAAGUCCCAUUUUGCCAUCUUUGAUCACCAGCAUGUCAACUUUAUUGCUAUACAUGACUGUGUCAUCGCAGUCAUUGAAUCCUCAAGCCCCGUCUUCAGGAGGUUCAAGGAGGAAGCGUUCCGUCCCCCAGAACAGCGACAAUUUGACGAUAAGCAGCAAUGACACAGCUUUGGUUUUUCAAGGAAUGGAAGUAUCCUGCUCUAUAAAAACUGAAAUAAAUCAGACCAAGUGCACCAUCAUGCUUGCGCUGAGUCACAAAAUAUCAUCAUGCUGUAUCCUACAAAAACUCUGUGCAGCCAGCAAAAGUUCCUCUGACAUCCAUGUGGUGGGAAACAGGAUAGAUGAACAGAAUCGGCUUCAAAACAAGUGCGAUGGUAACUUAGAGGAGCCAAACAGCUGCAUUUAUUCUGGUCCGCUGGGUGCGUCAUGUGUGGAGCCUGAGUCUACAUAUGUCAUUCCACCAAUAAACCUAACAGACUGUGUGACAGAGAACAGUUGUAACUGCUCUUCUUACUGCAUCAGAUCUGAUGCGUACUACACGUUUUCCAUUUCACUACAAGAUCCAACAAUGAACUCUUCAUCUCUUUCAUCUCUGAUUUCAAUCCUGGCACAACCACCUAACUGCUCCAUCACUACAACUGUUACAUGUCAAUUAUUGGCCACGAUUGCAUCUGAGUACAGGAGUGCCAGAGUGGACUGUGAAAAGACAAAGCUGAGUUGCAGAGUGAUAUUAGGUUUUGCACGGGAAGUCUCCAUUUGUUCAGUGGCAGAAGCUGUUUUAAAUGUUUUUCUACUUGAAGAAAAGAUCCAGUAUGACGGGCAAGUGAGACGAGCAGCAAUUUGUGGAAGCGCAGAAAUUAACUCACUCAACUCCCAGCUCAGUUAUAAUGAUAGUGAGAAAAGCCCACAUGACUUUUGUCUCGAAAUAAAGGGAUCUAACCUCACAUGCCAAACUGGAGAAAAUAUUGUUGUACAUUUGAAAGAACAAUGUGUUGUACCUACCACAACUAGCCCAAAUGUGACAAUUAGUCCCAACAUGACUAGCCUAAAUACAACAGCUAGCCCAAAUGUGACUAGCCUAAAUACAACAGCUACCCCAAAUGAGACACUUAGCCUAAAUACAACAGCUAGCCCAAAUGAGACACUUAGCCUAAAUACAACAGCUAGCCCAAAUGAGACACUUAGCCUAAAUACAACAGCUAGCCCAAAUGAGACACUUAGCCUAAAUACAACAGCUAGCCCAAAUGAGACACUUAGCCUAAAUACAACAGCUAGCCCAAAUGAUACACUUAGCCUAAAUACAACAGCUAGCCCAAAUGAGACACUUGGCCUAAAUACAACAACUAGCCCAAAUGAGACAUUUAGCCUAAAUACAACAGCUAGCCCAAAUGAGACAUUUAGCCUAAAUACAACAGCUAGCCCAAAUGAGACAUUUAGCCUAAAUACAACAGCUAGCCCAAAUGAGACAUUUAGCCUAAAUACAACAGCUAGCCCAAACGUAACUAGCCUAAAUACAACAGCUAGCCCAAAUGAGACAUUUAGCCUAAAUACAACAGCUAGCCCAAACGUAACUAGCCUAAAUACAACAGCUAGCCCAAACGUAACUAGCCUAAAUACAACAGCUAGCCCAAACGUAACUAGCCUAAAUACAACAGCUAGCCCAAACGUAACUAGCCUAAAUGCCACAAUUCCUAUAAACUCUACAUUUGACCCAAAUGUGACAGUCAUUACGAAUGUGACAACAGUGAGUUCAACAUUACAACCAAACAAUAACACAUUGACUCCAACAACAACCCCAAAAACACAACAGAACACAACAUGGGCCCCAUCAGUGUCCACAACUGCUGCUGGAGGAAAACCGUCAUCAAACACAACUAGAAGCACAACAAGUGGAUUUGUUUCUGUGACCACCUUAGUGAGUUCAACAGGAAAUGGAACAGCUGAAAGCCAAGCCAAAGACCUUCUUGCACUGACUCAAGACGUGUCAAAACUGACCGCAGCGCAGAUAGAUCAGCUGGUGUCACAGCUAGAGAAGCUUCUGUCAGGCCCGACUGUCAGCAAGGAACUGGGAGACAUCUCUGUCAACAUUGUCAGCAAUCUGUUGGAUGCUUCACCUGACAAGCUGUCGAGCUCCUCUGACAGGAUUAUUGGGAUUGUUGACACGGUGGGGUUAAAGCUGGUGAUUGGAGCCACCGCUGAGAACCUGAUGUACCCUUCUUUGGCUGUCUCUGUGAAACCAGUAGAUGGCGCCAACUUCCAGGAGACUGUUUUUUCCAUCUUAGAUCCAAAUAAUGUUCAGGUUCGGGGGAAUCCAAGGUUGAAAAGGAGCGCAUUAAAGGACUCCUCCAUCCCUCAAGGCUCCAUUACUCUUCCUCCCUCCCUCACUCAAAAUCUAACCGCUGAGGAACAAAAGCUGGUCUCCAGGCUUCAGUUCAAUUUCUACCAGAAGAGCUCAGUCUUUAAGGAUGUCUCAUUAGAACAACGGAAACUUAACAGUGGGAUCUUGGGAGCAAGCGUGGCCAAUCUGUCAAUCGAAGGAUUAAAGGAAAGUGUUGUAAUUCGCCUGAGAAACACAGAACCUGUUCCAGCUAAUUUUGUGGCAGUGUGUGUUUUCUGGGACUUUACAUUUAACAAAGGUUUAGGUGGCUGGAACUCAGAUGGCUGCUUUGUCAAAGAAACCAACGACAAUGAGACAGUUUGUGGCUGCAACCAUUUAACCAGCUUUGCUAUUUUACUGGACAUCUCCAGAGAGACUGUUACCAGUCGUGUUCAGGCCACCAUCCUCACCUUCAUCACAUAUAUAGGUUGUGGACUUUCUGCCAUCUUCCUGUCCGUAACUCUCCUCACUUACUUGGCAUUUGGAAAGCUGCGUAAAGACAUCCCAUCCAAAAUUCUGAUCCAGCUUUGCCUGGCUCUUCUGCUGCUCAACCUGGUGUUCCUGGUGGACGCCUGGCUGGCGCUUUAUCCCACAGCUGUGGGCCUCUGCAUUUCCACGGCCUGGUUCCUUCACUACUUCCUACUGGUUUCCUUCACCUGGAUGGGGCUCGAGGGCGUCCACAUGUACUAUGCACUUGUGAAAGUCUUCAAUGACAACAUAUCCCACUACAUGCUGAAGUUCUCGCUGGUGGGCUGGGGAGUCCCAAUGAUAGUGGUCAUCAUUGUGAUCGCGAUUGACAAAAACAACUACGGCCUCAUGUCCUAUGGAAAGUUUUCAGAUGGCACGAGUGAUGACUUCUGCUGGAUAAGAAACGACAUCGCCUUCUAUGUGGCAGUCGUGGCCUAUUUCGGUGUGAUUUUCAUCUUCAACAUGAUCAUGUUUGUUGUGGUCUUAGUCCAGUUGCACCGGAUAAAAAAACAGAAUCCUCAUAACAGCAAGCACCGCAGCGCGGCGCAGGACGCACGCAGCAUGAUCGGGAUCACCCUCCUCCUAGGUCUCACGUGGGGAUUUGCCUUUUUUGCGUGGGGUCCUGUUAAUCUGGCAUUUAUGUACCUCUUUGCCAUCUUUAAUUCUCUGCAAGGAUUCUUCAUAUUUGUGUUCCACUGUGCGGUGAAAGAAACCGUCAGAAGGCAGUGGAGGACCUACCUAUGCUGCGGCAACAUGAGACUCCCAGAAAACUCAGAGUGGAGUCGCACUACAACACAGAAAACCACAAAGAAGUCUCCACUGACCUCCUUUACAUCCUCACAAAGCAGUCGGCCAUCCAGAUCUACUUUUCUGCCCAGUACGCCAUCAGGCCAGAUGAACGGCAUUGGAAAUCCACUUGAAGACAGAAUAAUUACAGCUGACGAAGAACCGAGGACAGAUGUGGUUUUCAACGAGAUCAACAGCCAGCUCCGGAGUCGACAGGGGUCCUGACCUACUUAGAGCAGCCUGUUAACUGCCUGUAUAUAAUGUAAUUUACCAGAAAAUAUUUAUGUAUUGUUCAUCUCCGUCACAUGUAUUAGUUGACUGAUUUCUAAGAAAUUUUAAGUCUAAAGUUGAAAUUUUUUAUAACUCUAAAGCUAUUGUUGUGCUUAUUUUUACAUAAUCUUUAUUUAAUAUACAAACCUAUUUAUUUAACAUAACAUUUGAAUGUGUGUCUUAGAUUUAAUGAUCGUACGCACUUUACAGCUGUUGCUUUCAAACAGCUAAUUAAAGUUCAUAUGACAGUACAUAGACUA